CGACACGGGAUCAGUCUGAAAAGCAAGCAGCACACGACAGCACGGGCAAUUGACUUUGUAAAAUGCAAGUGAAGUUUAAGUUGCAGCUCUUGUGCCUGCUCUGGCUGAUGAUGCGCAGCCAAGUGCACGGACAAGACAUUGAGCCCGAAUUCCCAGAGGACUUUCCCACAACCACAACCGAGGCUCCCACAACCACCACAACAAAGGCAACAACAGAGCUGCCCACCACCACAACAGAACGAACCACAACUGAAGCAGACACAGAACCACCUACAACUGCAAUAUCCACCACCACCGAGGAUGUGCAGAUCAGCUUGCCAGAUCUGCCGACCUUUGCACCGCCAGAGCUACCUCCCUCUACUAGGCCGCCAGUAGCACCACAUUACCCGAACUUUUUUCCCUGGUUCUGGGACUUGGUUCAAGGUGUGCUGCAGCGCUGUUAUCUAACGGAGCAGGAGGAGCGCACGCAUUACCGAUGGACCUGCGGAUACACCAGCUGGCUGCCAACAACAACCUGUUAUCGCUGCUGUUACUACGGCGACAGCGGAUUUGCCGGCUGCAGUAAGCUGCACAGUGGACGCUGUAACAAUAUAAACUACGGCAGCUGGGAGACCUAAUCUUCGCAAAUGGGUAUUACCCCUAAUCGAAAGAGGGAGAGAGUGAGAGCGGAAGUGAGAGGUGGAUGAUUAACUAAUCCAACAUCGCUUAAAAUUGUAGCACUAAAUAGUUCGAGACAUUUUUUCAGCAAAUUAAAUAU